AUGCUCAACUGGUCUGCCCUUCACUUCGCAGCAGAGAAUGGUCACACAGCCGUAGUGAGGUAUCUGCUGGCUAAUGGGGCAAUCUGGAACGCAGUCGAUGUCAAUGGGUUCACGGCGGGAGAUGUGGCUUGGAGUGCCAAUUGGACGCAGUGCUAUGCGGCUCUGUUGGAGGAGGGGGUCAGACAGGGGCUAUUGGGUGCCUUGUUGGAGAAGAAGGCUGGAGGAGAGGAGAGCGAUGAGGAGGAAGACGACGACGGCGAAGAGGCUGGCGAGGUCGUCAAUGACAACGAAGGCUUCCUCAAGUCGCCCCUGCGCUUCGUAAACGACCCGAAUGACCCGCGCAGGGCGAGAUGUAUGGACCAGGAUGAUAAUAUGGUCAUGGCUGGGUGGGAGACGGAGAUUAUGCGCAGAUCGGCGGAGAGGUUGUGUGAGGGACUGCCAAAGAGGCGGGUCGUCCUCAACGUCGGCUACGGGCUGGGUAUCAUCGACGACUUCCUCCAAUCCCACUCCCCAGCCCUGCACGUAAUCAUUGAACCCCAUCCGGACGUCGUCAAGUAUCUGCGCACCUCUCACCCCGAGCUGGCCUCGGCUCCCGGCGUAGUCAUCAUCGAGAAGACGUGGGAAGCAGCCCUCGAAGACCCGCAAUUGUGGGAGCUCGCCCCCGAGGGAUUCGACGCAAUCUAUGCGGACCCAUUUGCGCAGGACUACAAAGACCUUAAAGUCUUCUUUGACCGGUUGCCCGACCUGCUUCGAGGAGGAGAUGGGACUGAGCCCCUUUCUCAGCGCGCGAGGUUCGGCUUCUUCCACGGACUGGCGGCCACGAAUCGUUUCUUGUACGAUGUCUAUACGCGACUGGUUGAGCUGGACCUGAGGGAUAUUGGGCUAGAGACUGAGUGGGAGGCGGUCAAGGUGGAUAUGGACGAUGCGGAGGAGGUCUGGGAGGGAGUGAGGAGAAAAUACUGGACGUUGGACGAGUAUAGGCUGCCUACUUGUCGGAUGGGAGUAAUCUGA